CCUGUCGUGCUUCCUGCUUUGGCGAGGGAGGGGACGGUGCUGACGGCUGGGAGGACGAAAGGAAAGACUAGAAAGCCUUUGGGAAGAUAUAAUAGAGUGGGAAACGGCCCGGGUUUGCACCGUCCGUCGGGAAAUAAACACCACAGUUUUCUGUAGCUGCUGGAUUUGCCACCGAAUCGGCGCUAAAAAUGUCGACCAGUCGUCAGCUUAGCGAGAGCAGGGCCAUCCCGACCAGGACGGUGUUGAUCAACGACACAACGCAGCUACCUCAUGAUUAUUGCACCACCCCUGGAGGCACUUUAUUCUCUACCACUCCCGGAGGAACCCGGAUCAUCUAUGACCGCAAGUUCCUACUGGACAGGCGCAAUUCCCCCAUUGCCCAGACUCCCCCAGCUCACCUGCCUGUCAUCCCUGGAGUGACCAGCCAAAAUGUCCUGAGAGAGAACCAGAAGAAUGAAGCCAACAACCACAUCAACAAACAUGAUGGCAAGCCCACAAACGGUGAUGAUGCUCAGUUUGAAAUGGACAUCUAACAGACUGGAACCACAUCAUCAGAAGUAAAUGACCUGGCAUCACACGUGCCAGUGGCUUGGCUUGUAGAAACCAAUGUUGUGAGCCCUCAUGGCAGCCAUCUUCUUUAGCUCUCUGUCCCGCUGCUGGAUGUAAUGUGUGUAAACCAUGGGGAUUCAGUGUAUCAUACAUACAGGUACAAUGUGGCCAACUCUGGAAGCUAGGUUUAAUUGUAUAGAUUUCCAUGUUUUACCAGUUGCUGUACAAAUGAACAACCACACAGCGAGGGUGCAGCUGAACAUUACGCACCCAGACACAUUAGUCCAGUUGGUAAAUUGCAGUGCUUAUCUUAAAGCUUUCUGUCAGUCAGGAUCUUUAACAGAGUGCACUGUAAAACUGAUCAUAUUCCAAGUUAAUUAAAGGAGGAAGUGGUAAUUUUCAGUACAGGCCUUAGAAUCAGUCAAAAACUUUGAUAUUCAUCACAGUCUUUGGUUUUGAAGACCCUUGUGAAGCAUGCUAUUUUAGUGAUUUUUCUUCUUUUUUUUUUUUUCUUUUUUGGAACUACUUGAAGAGCUCCUCAAACAAUUAUCAGUUGUUUGGUCCAUUUUAGUUUCCCAUGAAGGUAUGUAAAGGGAUGCUGUGUUAUUUUAUUUUAUUUUGCAAAUAGGUGAAGAUUUCAUGCCAUUCCAAGAUUUUAGUUUCCAUUACCAACAUGAGCCGGUAUGAGUUUCCAAUUUUCAGGGGAAAACGCUUAUUUUUUUAAAUUUUAGGCCACGAUUUCAUUGUUUUGAAAUAAUGAAAUGAUUGUAUUUCCAACUAUUAUGUGAAGCUAAUUAUAAAUCCGGCAACUGAAAAGAAGCUUUUCGUUGUGAGUUCAAUUUCAGUGGAGUAUAAUGAUAUCGAGCCACUCGAUUCAUCACAAUUGUGACGACGUUAUAAAUCUACUUGCACAUUUCUCUCCUUCCAAGAAAGGUUAGAACACUUUUUCUCCAGAUUUUACAGUUUCUUUGCCUCAACUGGUUGGCAAGAGUUUUGUGCUUAGAAUUUGAUAAAUUUAAGGAGGUCACACGUGGCAAGACCAUUUAGAUCAACGUGGAAAUGGUUAAUUUCCCAAUUGUAAUUUUUGGAUAAAAUACAAGAAGAUUUUUGAAAAAAACUUGAAAGAGUCUAGAUGUUUUAUAUGUAUUUUAUUUUGUAAUACAGUUUCUUAAUGUUGAGGGUAUUUGUUAGGGUAUUGAGCUCUGUCAAGCCUUCAGAUUUGUUACCAGUGUCAACGAACCACACGGCAUCGUUUGCAUCAGGCUUGAUAGAUGCUACCCUUUAAUCUACAAAUCUGUCCCCAGUGUCCUUAAUCCACCUGACAUUACCUUAUUCUUUUCACGUGUCAUGUCUACCCAUGCCUUACUUUACAUCAAAUGCAGUAACUAAAACUAGGUUCCUUGUCAUCAAUUUGUACUCUCCAACAGAUGUUUAUUUUUUCACUGUAACAUUGAUCAGGUACCACUGUACUUAGCAAUUGAGCAAAACAAGAACUUUUUAUGUUUGUUUUUUUUUUUGUUUUGUUUUACUUGAUUUCCUUCCUCAAGCAGCUGUGAAGUCUGAAAGUGUCAUGGCGUACGUGUCAUUUUGGGAUUCUGAAGUUCACAUGGUGAUGUGGUCAAAAGAACGCCACAUGCUUAUAUAGUCCCAAUAAUUUUUAUUUUUAUACUAUAAUCAUAGUCCUAUCUGAACUUGGCAAAAAAUUACCAUAAAUUUGCUAUUUUUCACUCAAAAUUGAUUCAUACCAUACGUAUGUUUCUCUGUAUGACUGGACCCGCUGAAUGGCUGAAACGAUGUCUAUCAAAGAUUUUAUUUUUUCUUUUUGGCUUCGUAAUUAACUCUGGCCAUGUUUAGUGAUGAACACAUCAAGGGUUUGCUUGAACCCAUUUUUCAUUGCACACUUUUGGCGAUAAAACUCUUUACAUUUUACAGCGUCAUAAUUCUGAUUGCAGAUUUAUUUCAAAUCAGUUUGGUUUGACAAUGAGGGCUUAACAUUGUGUGUUUUAAGACAUUUGAAACAAACUUACAGUAACGUUCUGUUCUGAUUUUAAAUAACUUUAUUUUAAAUGAAACUCCAAUGCCAGUGGACACUGUUGCUGCAAGAUCAAUAAAGUUCCGUAACAAAGAAA